UCUAAUUUACAGUUUAUGAAAGUGGGAAAUAUGAAUGCUGCAGCAGCAAAUAGCCCUUGCACGAGCUUGUUCGAGAGCGAGGAAGAAGAACAAGCCGGCCAAGCGGAGGCAUGGAAAUAUACGUUUGCGUUUGUGGACUCUUUGGCGGUAAAAUCCGUCGUUCUGCUCGGAAUCCCAGACAUCAUUGCGCGCCACGGCCCCAAAGCAACGCUUUCCCUCUCGCAAAUUGCAGCGGAGCUUCCCACCCAAAAGCCCGACGUCAAUUGCCUCUUCAGAAUCCUGCGAUUCCUCGUUGCCAAGAAUUUUUUCAGGGCCGAAACGAGCGAAAGGGAAAAUGAAGUUAGAUACGGCCUAACGCCCGCUUCUAAAUGGAUGCUAAAAGACGGCGCGUCGCUCUCCAUGAGUGCCAUGUUACUUAUGCAGGACGACGUGAGGAGCGUGGCGCCGUUGCACCAUUUGAACGAGUGCAUCCUGGAGGGCGGCGUGGCUUUCGAGAAGGCACACGGCCUUCAAAGUUGGGACUACGCGGUGGCGCACCCUCAGUACAGCGACCUGUUCAACCAAGCCAUGGCUUGCAACGCCAACAUCGUUAUGAAAGCCAUCUUGUCUAAAUACGAGGGGUUUCAGGGCUUGAAUUCCUUGGUGGACGUCGGAGGCGGCAUCGGAGCGACCGUUGGAGAGAUCGUGAAGGCCCAUCCAACUAUCAACGGCAUCAACUACGAUCUCCCCCACGUCAUAGCUACGGCUCCCCAUUUCACGGGGGUAAAGCAUGUUGGAGGAGACAUGUUCAAAGAGGUGCCAUCUGCAGACGCUGUAUUCAUGAAGUGGGUAUUGCAUGACUGGGGGGACGAGGACUGCGUGAAGAUUCUGAAGCAAUGCAGAAAGGCGAUUCCAGAAACAGGGAAGGUGAUCAUUGUAGAUCCGGUUCUGAACGCUGCAGAGAAGACAGCGAUGGAUCCUAGUUUGGGUCUUGUGUUUGAUCUGAUAAUGCUUGCGUUCAGCUCUGGUGGGAAAGAAAGAAGUGAGGAGGAGUGGAAGAAUCUGUUGAAGGAAGGAGGAUUUCCUCGUUUCAAUGUUAUUGCCAUACCAGCAUUGCAGUCUGUAAUUGAAGCUUUUCCUUAUUAGCCGCUCUGUGUAGCUAUCUACAGAGAAAUAGGUUGCCUCUCUCAUUAAUGCAUCUUUCCAGCUUUCUUUC